GCCCUCCUCCUCCUCGCUCCUGAUGGCAGGAAGGCGAGGGCAAGGACGCCGAUAGGGCGUGACGGCGAUGCCACAUGCAAAUCCAUACGCGGGUGGCAACGACAGACCCGCUCUGGGGCAGAACGGCAGCCGGGAGUACUUGAGGGGCACCGACAGGGGGGGCAAUGGUCUCGUUCCGACUCGAAGCGCGGCGAAGAAACAACCCAAUGGACUCGAACGUCUUUCGCUCGGGCAGUCGCCUGCGCGACGGCCUCGCCGGCGCACUUGCCUGCAGUGCCCCCUGGAGGAGGAGGAGGAGGAGGAAGGAGGAGGAGGAGGAGGAGGAGGAGGAGGAGGAGGUGCGUGCGCCCUCCGAGGACGCUCUCCCGCUCUGCUCGCCCUCGGGCGCUCCCCGCCUCGUGCGGUCGGGGGCUCCCCGGGCAGCGCUCGCUGCGCGAGCGGCAUCUCACUCGAAGUCGAGCAGGGCGGCAGCGGACAGCGACGUCGAGUUCCUGGUCCCCAGCUUGGAUACCCAGCUCCCCUCGGAGACUUCCCCUUUGAACUUCUUCCUCGGCGGCUGCGUUCCCCGCUCCUCCUGCCUCGGCGGUGGUGCUGCAUGCUGGUCUGGCUUGGCGUAGCCUGCGUCGCGG